GAGGGACGGACGGACGGACAGGUGGAUGCACGGACACACCGAGGGAUGGACGGACACACCGAGGGACGGACAGAGAGAUGGAGAGAUGGGUGGAGGGACAGAUGGACAGCCAGACGGCUCUGCCUUGUUACAGACAAUGCUGCCUUACCCAGGCACUUGUAUGAGCGUGUGUGAGUGCACGCCUGCUCCCAGGUGGGUGUUUGACACCUCUUCCCGUGUGUCUGACACCUGUGCCCAGGUGCCUGCUCACAGCUGUUCCCGUGUAUGUUUUAACCUGUUCCUGAGUCCCCACGCAGGUGCACACAGAGCGCCGUGCACGGGAACUGCGAAGAAACACCUGAAGGUACAACCCAGAGACACCAGGACACAUAAAUACACAUAUGGGCGUCUCCGCGGAUGGACGGUGAGCCGCCAGGCGGGCCGCAGGGCCCCGCAGCCCGGGGAGCGGAGCAGGGCGAUGGCAGCGGGGCGGCCGGGGGGCUGCCCACCCCCGGCACCCGCAGCGAUCCCCCCGCGGGCCGCGGGGACAGGGCCGUGGCGGUGUCGGUGGUCGCCAACUCAGCCUUCGAGGGGGCCCCUCCGCCCUACUCGCCCCCGGAUCCCAAGAGCUUUCACCUCUAUCCGCCGUUCCCAGCCGGCUUCUCCCACCAAGGGCCCGUCAUUUACCAGCCGGGGCCGGGGCCGCGGCCCUUCCCAGCCCCGGGCUUCCCUCCCGGGCCCCUGCCCUACACCACGUACAACGCGCAGCCGGGCCACGGGCCCUUGUCCGCCGGCCGCGGGCAGCAGCUGCCCAAGGACUACAUGGUGGAGUCGGUGCUGGUGACCCUCUUCUGCUGCCUGCUGACCGGGGUCAUGGCCCUCGUCUACUCCCAUGAGACCCGGGCUGCGCUUGCCCGUGGGGACGUGGCCCAGGCGCACGUGGCAUCCAGAAAGGCUCAGUCACUGGUCCUCUUCAGCCUCCUCUUCGGCUUGUUCGCCUCCAUCACCUGGAUCAUCUACGUCCUGGUGUCCCUGUACUUGUGACAAGGACCCUGAGCCCCAGGGACGCGGCGUGUGCCAAGAAUUCCUUCUGGCUCCCCACCUGGGGCCGGGGAGGGGCACGGGCAGCUGGAGUUGCCACAGCCUUGUGACAAGGGUGACAAAUAAGUGUUACUGGGGCUGCGGGGCGAGGAGCUGCCCCGGCCUGGGCAGGAGGAGCCCGGAGCAGGGAGAUGCCGGAUCCAGCUCUGGGCAGGGAGCUGUGGCGGAUCCAUGGGCGGGACCAGGCUCUGCUGCAGGAUGCUGAAUCCCACUGCUGCGGGCCGGCACUUGGAGCUGCCAGCCUGGUGCAGAGCGAGCAUCUUGUAGGAUUGGGGCUGGAGAUGGAGCAGAAGUAACAGGUGUGUGGGAAGCCCUCGCUGAUCAUUAACAAUGUGAGAAGAUACAAACCCAGGUAUGCUGUCCUACAGUAAUUCUGCACACACAGACACACACACAGACACACACCCACACACACCUUGCCACCUUCUUGCUGCUUCCAGAUUGAAAUAAAAUGCAGCUGUAGCCCAA